UUUAUCAUGAUAUAAGGAAAUAAAUAAUAACUUUAUUAUUGCCUCUAGGGCAUAUUUCCUUCACAAUAUUCACACAGCAAGUUACAUCGCGGGUCCAAAUUUGUCUUAUGGGGAUAAGUUAUUGAUGCAAAGAAAUGAUAGUAGGCUAUUUUCUCAUGAUUUGCAUGGGAAAGAAGGGAAUAUCGAGCCUAUGAUAUUAAACAUGAUGAGGUUGACAGACUUUAGCCCAGUUUUAGAUUUUAGCCCUCGCAAGCCGGACAAUAUGCAAUCCUACAUCUAUGUGGAGUCACUUGUACGCUUAGAUGUAUACAGAAAAGGAGGCAUUGUGCGUAAGCCAAAAAAGAGGGAAGUUUGGAAAUUAAAGAAGUGGAAGCCUUGCGAGGACGAUCUCUCUCAUCUAGAAGAGAUGUGGAGCCACAUUCAUCAAAAGGAGCAUGACAUAACUGUCUUUUCACAACGAUCUGGCAUACAACUCAAACAUCGUCUGCAAGGUAUAUCGAAUGACGUGAUUCGACAACAAAUAGGCCUGCAAAUUGAUCAAAUCGUUCCAGUAUUUCCAAAUAAGUAUCCAAGAUCCUCCCGACGGCUUAAUUUGGUGGGGGGAAAGCGAGACAGAGAAAAGUUACUUGCUCGUAUGAGGAAGUAUGGAGAUAUUUGCAAGGCUAUGAAUGAGGAAAUUGGGAGGAUCGUUCGUAUGACGGAGAUUGCUAUACAAUAUAAGGUGGGUUCUUCGAGUUCAAAUGAUGCUAUUUCAUCCCAGAAUCACAGUGACGACAAGGAUACAGCUGAGUCUUGAGAGCAUAUCAUGACAGUCUUUUUAGCUUGAUGAGAUAGUUGUUCAGCUUGAAACUCUUGCUACUUUACCCUAAUUUAUCUCUUUCACAUGUAAAACAAACAUUUCCGCAUUACCUUCUAUGUGAUGUUAUGUUUCUUUCUUUAAAAUUUAUUAUAUUUAUCACACAUGUUUAGUGUGUGUGAACCGAUUA